UUUUUUAUGUGCUGUAUGGCGAGUCGCGGAGCGAGAGCUCUCCUCUCUCUUCCCAAGCGCAAACUCAACGUGUCGUCUCCUCUCCUUCGACCGCCGCUGCCGGCACGCGGUCUCUCCUCUUCACCGGAUGAUGCACCGUCGAAUCUUGGAAAUGUUGGCUUCAUAGGCUUGGGAAAUAUGGGAUCCAGAAUGGCGAAGAAUCUUGUUAAAGCCGGAUACAACGUCGCCGUGCAUGAUGUAAAUGGUGAUGCCAUGAAGAUCUUUGCUGGCAUUGGAGUCCCCACCAAGAAAACACCCUUUGAAGUUGCAGAAGAAAGUGAUGUAAUAAUGACAAUGUUGCCGUCAUCUUCCCAUGUAUUUGUUGUAUACACUGGACCGAAUGGAUUGCUUCAUGGUGGAAAUCUCCUAAGACCGUGGUUAUUGAUAGAUUCUUCUACUAUUGAUCCCCAAACAUCGAGAAAGAUUUCAGCACUUGUGUCUAACUGUACUUUAAAAGGGAAGAGAGAUGGAGGUGGAGUUCCUAUGAUGCUGGAUGCACCUGUUUCUGGAGGUGUUCUUGCUGCUGAAGCUGGCUCACUCACGUUCAUGGUUGGUGGAUCAGAAGAAGCUUAUCUGGCAGCAAAGCCGUUGCUCCUCUCCACGGGCAAAAGCACAAUUUAUUGUGGUGGAGCAGGAAAUGGUUCGGCAGCAAAAAUCUGCAACAACUUAGCACUGGCUGUGAGCAUGCUUGGUGUAUCUGAGGCACUUGCUCUUGGUCAGUCUUUGGGAAUUGCUGCAAGUGUUUUGACAGGAGUGUUCAACUCUUCAAGUGCUCGAUGUUGGAGUGAAAAAGUGGGGUAUGCCAUUCGUGUUGAGGAUGUGACUGGGCCAAACACGGUAAUUAAGUACAUGACAGAUGGAGUGCUUUUCCGUGAAACACUGAAAGAUUCCGACCUUGAAUGGUACCAGGUUGUCGUGAUGGAUGAAGCACAUGAGAGAUCACUGAACACUGAUGUUCUCCUUGGGAUAUUGAAAAAGUUAGGUUGCCUAGAUGAGGUUUUGACAAUUGUCUCGAUGCUCUUGGUGCUGUUUGUAUUUUUCCAGCCAAAAGAUAUAGUGGAGGAGAGCGAUGCUGCAAGGGAGAAAUUUUUCGUUUCGAGCUUGCGGAAGGCUCGAGAAGUGAGAUCUCAAUUGCUGGAUAUUCUCAAGAUGUUGCGAAUCCCAUUAACUUCAAGUUGGCCUGACGCAGAUGUCGUUAGGAAGGCCAUCUGUCUCUGCUGGAGCAUAAGAAGCAGGAGGAAGAGAAGACAGCCAUGGAGGAAGAAAUGGAGAACCUAAGGAGAUCGCAGGCAGAUGCGGAGAUAGAGAUUGAGGUGAAAGAGAGGGAGAAGAGGGCGAAGCAACAGCAGCGAGUCUCAUUGAAUGGGUUGAGGCAGGGUACUUCUACUUACCUCAGACCAAAGAAAUUUGGUCUAUAACUGUACAUGGCGUUGUAUCAAUA